AUGGAGAACGAUUCGAAAAUCCCUAUCCUACCCAAGGUGAGAGUGAAGGGUAGACGCUCAGUCUUGAAUCAUCCUAGAGAGAAGGUGUCUGUGUUCAUCCGCUAUUCCUUCCUUAAAGUUGCGGAUAUCAAUACUCAGAAGGAACAGUUUUGUGCUGAUGUAUUCAUCCAGGCAAAAUGGAGGGAGCCUGCAUUGGACAACAAGAAAGCUGUGGAUCCGGACACGAUGAACUGGGAUGAAUACUGGAAGCCAAAGCUUGUCAUAGAGAAUGCUACAGAGAUAAUGAAGGAGAAAAAAUGGUAUCUGAUCGAGUUCGACGCGACUGGAAAGGCUACUAUCCUCCAGAGACGAAGGCUUAGGGCGAAUUUUAUAGAAAAUCUGGAGCUAGAGGAAUUUCCAUUUGAUGUACAGGCACUAAGCGUAACUGUGACGUCACAUCGGUCGGACACGGAAGUAGAGCUGCUGGAGGACACUGACCAGGCGUCAACAAUCCAAAUGGAUUCUUUCAAGGACGCGUCGGAGUGGCACUUGUACAAACAUGUAGACAUUAGUAAGAAAGUCACCACAAAGGAGUACACCAAUUCAAAAUACAAGUACUCUGUUAUAUUGGGAUCGUGCUUUGCCGUGAGGAAGUAUGGCUUCUUCCUGUGGAAUGUUUUGCUCAUCAUGCUGUUCAUCUGUUCACUGGGACUGUGUACAUUCUCGGUGAGCGUGGUCCUGCCCCAGAACCGUCUUCAGCUUUCCUUCACUCUCGUCUUGACCAUCGUUGCAUUUAAAUACGUCAUCAAUCAAAGUCUACCAAAGAUAUCUUAUCUUACUUAUUUGGAUAUCUACGUGCUCGUCUCGUUGACCAUGUUGUUCCUCAUCUGCUGUUGGCAUUCGGUCCUGUCCCAGCUUCAGGAGUUUGGUUUUUCCGAGAGUACGCAAUACUGGGCAGAUAAAUACGGCCUUUACUCGUUUGCUGUGUUAUACGUCAUCUUUCACAUCAUUUAUAUCACAGGUAUUACGGUGAAGAACGUUCGUCGGCGAGUUGAUUUGAGAAAUGCCGAAAAGAAACACAAGGCCCGAGUGUUGGCAGAGAGUCUAGAGGCAGCAGAUCGAGUAGACCCUGUGGGCGAUGGACCCCAGUCCUACAGGAUAAGAGCAUCAUUUCCGCAAAUGACACGAGGACGCAGCAUUCGACCACUAGACCUGGACAACGGCAACUCCCCAACCAGGUCCGCUGCUGUGAUCAUCUCGAACCCUGCACGGAUGAUGUAAAAGCCGGUUAUAAAGGGUCGACAUUGACUAAUUUGGCGAUGGUUUUCUCGCACUAAAAUGGCUAUAACACGAGAACGAAACGUACAAAUUUGUGACUUUAAUCAUCAGAAAACUGAAAAAUGAUAUUCUCAGUUACAUUUUAUGAUUCGUUUUGUUAUUAAUUUCGAAAGUUUCGUUUUCCGUUAUUAUAAAAGCCUUGGUCGUUCCUGCCCAUUGUAUUUUCUUGUGGAUCAGGUGAAAAUUAAUAAACAUUGACGUCUUUGCAAUUAUUUCGCACGCUCUCUGAAACAUGUCAUUUGUAGUAUUUGUAUAUACUGGAACAGCACUGUAUCUGCAACUGUAAAUAUAUACAAGAAAUCAAAGAAAUAAAUGAUCUGCGGUAUUUAGGUGAACUCUUCUGUGAUAUGACUUCUGGAGUAAACACACCCCAGCUAGUUAGCCGAUCUAUAUUGUUCCUUGAAUUGGAGACCUACGGUUUGUGUCAUUAGAUCUACAUGUACAUGUAUAUGGUAUAAUGAUGUUUGGGGCAAUGUAAAUAAUAAAUUACAUGUGUAUACACUUCUUAUUACUAGCAUUAUUCAUGUUUCGAAAGAAACAAAAUUUACGAUCAGCAAAGAGAUAG